AUGGGAUCAAUGUCUUCUCCUCUGACUAUUUCUGCAGAGCCACUGAAGCAACCGGUUGCGGUCGGCCACAGCAGCCCCUCUCUCUUGACGACACAGGCAGGGUCAAAAUCUCUGUUGUGGAAGUCUAGGAUUGAGAAGAAGAGAGCAUUGACUCUGGUUGCUGCCAUUGGAGAUGUAUCUGCUGAUGGCACCCCCUACCUGAUAGCUGGAGCUGCUGCAGUGGCUCUGCUUGGAACUGCCUUCCCAAUUAUCUUCUCCCGCAAGGACCUGUGUCCCGAAUGCGAUGGGGCGGGCUUCGUUCGGAAGUCAGGGGUGACCCUGAGAGCUAAUGCAGCACGGAAGGACGAGGCUCAGAUUGUCUGUGCUCGGUGCAAUGGCCUUGGCAAGCUCAACCAAAUCGACAAAAGAUAG